GAGAGGAUUACUUUGGAUGACAAAAAAUUUCAUAAAGACGACUUCAACAGUUUGCUCAGCUUGGGACUAGCAAGUUUAACGCAGUGCUGCCGACAUGAUUAGCCAACCUGAAAAGAUAUCACAACGGCGCGGGCGUUCAAGUGAGAGCUACGAUGAGAAGUGYGAGCGGCGGCAUGAGACACGAGAGAACUUGUGGAGGCGAAACAAUGUGACCACAUGCAGGCGCAUUGGAAAACAUAAUGAAAAGGAAGCAGAGAAGCAGUCUCAGAGUCCCCGUCAGAGAGAAUUCCUGAGAAGAAGAAACCUCGUAACUGAAGAAACAAACAAACCACGGAAACCUCUCCCUGAAACACCAGCUCCCCUAGGACAAGAGAAUGCAACAAACAUCUCCCAGGACCUGUCAUCACAGGUGGAUCCAAGGUCCCCAGCUCCACUGCAGCCCGCGUGGAGCCACAGUGCAUUUCUGGAUGCACACAACCAGCCUGGGCUCCGUCUGCACCUCAGGCCCAGCAGCCUUCAUUCCUGUGCUGUUCCAACAGGACAUACAUCCGGCAAAGGCACCCACACAGACACUCAAGGAACUCAAACACUUACAAAUUUAAGUACAAAAGUGAAGGACUCAAGCCAACAGACAGAUUGUGGAACAGCAGUUUUAAACAAGGAAAUAGUGCAACUUUCCAACUACCUGAAGGAGGCACUGCAUCGGGAGCUGUUGCUGAAGCAGAAGAUGGUGAUUUUGCAGGAGCUUUUCUCCACACUGCUGCGAGCAUCAGAAAAGUCCUGGCAGGGACAGCUAAAUGAAGAUAAAUUGAAGUGUAAACUCAGGGCACUUGAAAACCAACUGCAGGCCUGCACCCAGAGCUAUUCAAAGGAGUGUGUGAAGAAGAUCCUCAUAGAGAUGGAGGACCAAAAGCAAAACUAUGAACAGAAGGCCAAAGAGGCUAUUCAGAAAAUGAUUGAGGAAAAACUCCAAGCAGAACAGCAGCUGCAAAACUCUCAGAGAUCCCUGGCAGUCACAAAAGAAGACUGUGCCCUGUGGAAAGAACACUAUGAUGUGCUAAAGGCUGAAUGGACUGAGAUGAACAAGGCACACAGUGACCUCAAGAGCAAUCUCCACGUUUUACAAAGCAAACUGCAACAGGCAAACACACAGAACCAAGAGCUUCACCAGGCCCUGGGUAACCUGGAAAACAAACAUGCAGAACUCUGCCUGAAAAUCAGCACCUUGGAAGUGGACAACAAGCUUAAAGCAGAACAUAUUGAUGCAAUAGAAGGUAAACUACAAAAAGAACAAAACCAGAAGAUAACCUUGGAGGCAACAAUCAGCCAUUUGCAUAAUUUGUUACAGAAUCAGACCAAUGAACAGAAAACUACAGAAAUGAUGGUACAGAGGAAAGAUCAGGUUCUCACCACAGAGACCCCAUCUGUCACUCCUGCCAUAGAAAAACAAAAUGCUCUAUUAAAACAGCAAGAAAAYGAGAGAGAAGAAAGUCUGAAGAAUGAGAUGCAGAAAAGGACAUCCCAGCUUACAGCAAAGGAGAAUGAGUGCACAGAGCUGCGUUUGGAGCUGGAGGCCCUCAGCGACGAGUACCGCUCCUGCCUGAACAAAUUACGCCAGUGCCGAGACGAACUUAACCAAUUCCAGAGCAAACGGCUGAAAAGACAGCCUGCUAACUGGGUCCCUCUCCUGAUGGUGGCAGUAGCAAUGGCCAUAGCAGCUUUCCUAGCAAAUUAUGCACCAUAAAGAGCCUUUACAACAACCUCAUUUCAGGAACUGACUUCUGCUUUGAACACAACAGCGACAAGCCAUGGCUGCAAUGUACAUUCCACUGGUUUUAUACUUGGUUUAUACUUUGAGCUGGUCUCACUCCAAAUGAACUCACAGAGUUCUAAUAAAUGCUGUAAGAUUA